GAUUUCGUUAUAUAAAGUUUAUAUGGAAGACUAGUUAAUUCAGUCUGAAUAUAUAGACUACCAAUGUCAAUGUAUUAGGCCUGUACUGCUGUUAUCUUAGGUCAACAGAAGCCCCCUUGUUUUAUAGUGCUAAAUGAAAGUACUUUGCAUACAAUGUAUGGGUAUACAUUCUGUGUGUAGGCACUUGUGUUGUAGAUGUAUCGCAUAUUAUGUGUAGAGGCAGUAUAUCAUCAGUGUUCAAGUGAAUGUCUCAACAGUGAAGUUGCUAGUUGCAACUGUCUUCAAAAGUUUGAUUUCCAGUGAUUGUGGAGCAUUUUACAGACCCGAAUUGGUAAGAACUCACUUAAUAUAAUAGUGGUAGUUAAUGUUGAAUUGUUUUAUGAAGUAAUGUAAGCUUAGGAGAGAAUAUUAGUUAUCUUUCUUGUUUGUUAUAUAUAGUUUGGAACUUGAAAGGCAAGGAAAGUUAUGUGUGUGCUCUUCCAGUGUACUAAGGAGAUGCGUGCAUUGUACUGUACUCUCUCUUUCUCUCUCUCUCUCUCUCUCUCCCUCUCUAUCCCUUUCUUCAGCUCUCUAUGCAUGUUUGUUACAGUGCCACUGUAAUGGUGGUGACUGCAUUAUAAUGUAUUAUAAUGUAUUUUAAGACAGGUACUUUCUUAUCUAGUAGGAUAUUAUUCUUUAUACUUGUAGUUGUUUUGUUGCAGCAUAUAUAUGUAAAUAGACUGCGUAAUUAGUUAAUUACAUACAUGCAAGUUGACUUAUAUUUUCAUUGUCUAGCCAAGGUUUAUAACUUGUUGCUUAUAAAACAAAGAGACAGUUUUGGAGUACAUGUAGUCAGUAUUAUGUAGGUUCAAUCUCUUUAUUAAGCUAUUUUGACAUGAUAUGUAUGCACAUGUAUUGUUGUAGUGUCUCAUAAGUAUGAACAUUAUGUAGUUUGUUUCUCUUUCUGUUGUGUUACAGAUUGUUAUCUGAAGGUUGAGUGACCAUACGACCAGUGAAUAAACGACAGUUCGUGAACUUUAACUGAAUCUUCGUACCUCGUCAUUUCAAUCUUGUGAAUAACAACUUUAGGGUGUUUGUGUAAUCGUCGAAACUCCUCGGUUUACUAGUUGUAAACGGAGGCAGCCACAAUAACAAUCAAGGAUCUGCAUGUGCAUCCAGUUAGUUGAAAGGCAAAGUAGCCUGUGCAUCCAGUUAGCUGAAUGGCUAAGUAGCCUGUGCAUCCAGUUAGCUGAAUGACAAUCAACGUCUGUUAUUCGAAGUCGAAUAACAAUCAAGGAUCUGCAUGUGCAUCCAGUUAGCUGAAUGGCUAAGUAGCCUGUGUAUCCAGUUAGCUGAAUGGCAAAGUAGCCUGUGCAUCCAGUUAGCUGAAUAAGAAUCAAGGAUCUGCAUGUGCAUCCAGUAAGCUGAAUGGCAAAGUAGCCAUAGACUUAAACGAAUAGUGAAUUGUAUAAGUUACCAUGGCGACGGCCACUAGUCUCCCUGAUAAGCUCGAGGAAGGGAGCGUUAAAAGUAAGCGCUCCGUGCAAAGGGAAAGAAUUCUCCAAGCGUUCCAUGCUGAACUCCAGAUGAUGGAUCAGGAAGAUGAACUCAAAAGAAUUGAGUUUGCCAGAAAGCAAGAAGAAGCAACUUCAAGAUUGAGAAAACUCACCAAGCAGUUCAAUGAGAGAAGGGCAAAACUUGAAGGAAACAGGGAUGACAUUGAAUAUUCAGAGACCCAUUCUGUCAAAUUAGAUCUUCCUGAGGAGAAAAGGGAGGACUCCAUCCAGAGAUAUUUGCAACCCCAAGAUAGUGUAGCACAGCAGAGCCUUCAACAGCUAAGGAGUGAUGUCACUCCUGUGUAUGAAUCGAAUGGGUUGCAAAAGGUAGCUGAAUCACUCGCAGAGGUAGCAAGGUCGAUGGCUAUACAAAGUGCUAGCUCUCAGCAGGUCGCUGUGACCAGUCAGUUGCCGCACAUCGAUCUUCCCGUAUUCAGUGGAGACCCCCUCCAGUAUCCCCUCUGGAAAAAUGCAUUCGUGAGCCUCGUAGACAGGAAUCCAGUUGAUCAUCCUACAAAGCUGCAUCACCUGAAUAACUCUGUGGCUGGAGCACCAAAGAAGUUGGUGCAGCACUAUCUUCUUCUCGGCACUGAGGAUGCCUACCACAAAGCAUGUGGAGCACUCGCAGAACAAUACGGAAGCCAGAGCGUGGUGUCUGCUGCCUUCACAAAGUAUGAAGGUUCCUCAAAGUGCACCAACGUCUGUUCCUUACCAGACCAGGACAGGAAAGAACACCGCAUGAUUGUGCCUGUGUGGGUACGGCAUGCUAGCAACCCAGGCAACGAGAUUGUACAAUACGCGAUCCUGGAUGACCAAUCCAACGUUGGAUUUGUGUCGAAAGCAUUGUGUGAGAAGAUGUGUGUAGAUGGAACAGAUACUAAUCUUCAAUUGACAACAAUGCACGAGAGUACGCGCAUCAAAACCUCAAGGAUCUGUGGACUUGAAGUGCUGGACUUCAAGAAGGAGCAUGUGGUCACACUACCAGCAUGCUAUCAGAGGGACGACGUUCCAGCUAGGAGAUCACAAAUUCCUAAGGGUGAAGUAAUGAGGAGGUGGGCUCAUCUGUUCCCCAUUGCCAACGACCUCAUGCCAUACCCUCACUUUGCCUACGCCAAUCGGGCAAAGGAAGUAUUCUCCCCAGAGAGAGUUCUCAACGUGCUGGAGAAGGAUAUCAUCGAAAUGAAUCAGAAGGGAAAGCCCUAUUCCAUCGACGAGAUGAAGUUCAUGAGCAUGUUGGAGAAAGGAGUCAGGAAGACAGAGGAUGGACACUACGAGAUGCCCCUACCUCUGAAGUCCAAGGAGAUGUCACUUCCGUACAACAAGCCCCUUGCCAUCAAGAGAUGGAAUCAAUUGACUGCCAGAUUCAGGAAGAACCAAAUGUUCCAGGAGGAUUACACCGAGUUCAUGAAGGGUGUGAUCGCUGAUCAUGCGGAAAGGGUGCCGCCAGAUAGACUAAAUGCUACGGUCAGUGUUCGUACAUCAGAAAGGUCAAGGUACUGAUAGCAGACGGAAUAUUGGACAAUGAGGGAAAGCGUAAACGCCCUCCCGUUGAACUUGAUAGACCUAUCCAGAAGUUGGUACUGUUGUUACCAGUUGAAAAGUGAUUUUGACUGUCACAAGUGAAGACCAGUGUAUAUUCCCCCUCAAGGAGCCUUUGAUAUUAAAUCGCGAACAAUGUUUUCAGCUCAUCCGAACAAUAAGCUAGGAUUAAGAAACGCGAGUUUCGUAAACAGUUAUGUUUUAUAGUCUUCACCUUUUAAAAGUAUUGCAAGGUGAUAGAUAUUUCAGAUUUGUAUUUAUGUACAUGUGUAUUGAUUUUAAGUGUAUGAUAAUGUCUUGUUUUAAAGUGUAAAUGGACAAGCCAUUUAAAGGAGCCAUGUCACUACAGCAGUGUGUAGUGAGGAUUGUUACAAGAUUUCGUUAUAUAAAGUUUAUAUGGAAGACUAGUUAAUUCAGUCUGAAUAUAUAGACUACCAAUGUCAAUGUAUUAGGCCUGUACUGCUGUUAUCUUAGGUCAACAGAAGCCCCCUUGUUUUAUAGUGCUAAAUGAAAGUACUUUGCAUACAAUGUAUGGGUAUACAUUCUGUGUGUAGGCACUUGUGUUGUAGAUGUAUCGCAUAUUAUGUGUAGAGGCAGUAUAUCAUCAGUGUUCAAGUGAAUGUCUCAACAGUGAAGUUGCUAGUUGCAACUGUCUUCAAAAGUUUGAUUUCCAGUGAUUGUGGAGCAUUUUACAGACCCGAAUUGGUAAGAACUCACUUAAUAUAAUAGUGGUAGUUAAUGUUGAAUUGUUUUAUGAAGUAAUGUAAGCUUAGGAGAGAAUAUUAGUUAUCUUUCUUGUUUGUUAUAUAUAGUUUGGAACUUGAAAGGCAAGGAAAGUUAUGUGUGUGCUCUUCCAGUGUACUAAGGAGAUGCGUGCAUUGUACUGUACUCUCUCUUUCUCUCUCUCUCUCUCUCUCUCCCUCUCUAUCCCUUUCUUCAGCUCUCUAUGCAUGUUUGUUACAGUGCCACUGUAAUGGUGGUGACUGCAUUAUAAUG